AAAAAAUUUUAUUACUGUUGUAAAGUACUUUUCAAGCCAUUCAACUUUGAUGGCUACUUCAACAUAUAAUUCACAAGUGAAAUAGACAUUCAUAAUUUUACUCUUUCCGGAACUAGAAUAGUGAGUGUUACAUUGUAAUUGACUCGGAGAUGUUAUUUUUGACAUAUCAAACAUAAAAUCUCGAUACAUUACUUAUCGAGAGCAAUAAAAUGAUUAAAUCUUUAGUCUUCGACACGACGGUUACUAUAUCGGCAACGACAUCUUCAUCUUUCUCACUCGGUACCACUAUAUACUCGUAUUACGAAUAAUCGGCGAGAGUGCAUUACCAAAGGAACGGCGCGUAACUCAGCACGCCCCGCGAGGGAGAGAACUUGAGGUCGCUCAGACGAAUAGAGCAACGCGCGACGAGAUAAUAUUGUGCUUCGAAAGGAAAAAAGAAGACGGUCUCUUAAACAUGCUCUGAAAAGACAUUUCUAUUGAGAGCAACUAAUGGGCAUAUUAAGUACAAGAAGCAAUACCUGCACAAGACGAGAUUAUGAGGAUAAUUUGAAGUAAUUGAGAAUUUAGGUAAAAGAGAUGGAAAAAAUGAAUUUAUAUAAUACAAAUGUAAUAAAGUUGAAACAAUAAAAAUAAAAUCCGUCUUGCUUUCUUUAUAUAAAUAUAGAGGUUAAAUUUAAAUAACCGGUGUCAGAAUUUUAUUUAAAUCUCAACGACAAUAUAUUUCAACUAUAAUAACAGUUAUCGAAAAAGAUGCAAUAUGCAAAUAGCAUAUAUAAAUCGUUUAAAUGACGAGACAAUGAUGCACAAACAUUGACAGUGGAGAUAUUCUCAGAUAUAGAAAAGCAUUCUGUUACAUACUUUUGCGAACGAGACAAAAGAAGUGUAGCAUAAAAAAAGGAAAAAAUGUUUAUUUAAUAAUGAUAUAUUGUAAAUACUACCAAAAAUAUAACAAGAAGAGUAGAUAAUAGCUUAAUUAUCAGUAUGUUUAAAAAUAGAAAUUUCAGUUUGAUUUUUACAUUUUUCGAAAGCUCGAAGAAAAUAUAUUUGUUAUCACCCCAUCACAAAGCGAUAAAACUAGAACAAGAGAACAACAUAAAAAUAAUACAAUAAAAAUAAUAUCAUAAAAAGAUAGACUAUGGACCGAGAUCAAAAGAAACAAUAGUGACUUAAGUCACUAAUAUUGAUACCGUCAUAGCGAUACUAUUUAUCACAUCAGGGAGUUUUGUUCUCCACGCUCUUAUAAAUGCUAAAAAUUAAGUACGCAAGUAUUACAAAAGAAUGGAAACAAGCGUACAAGAAGAUGGUCGUUAGCGAAAAGACUAUAAGAAGAAAUAAACUUUAAAGUGAAAACUAUAAGAGACAUAAAAAUAUCAGCAGAGAGUGAAAGCCAGGUCGGUGAUAGCGGUUGAUCGCGCCGGAUAAGCGCGGAAGACCGUGCAACGACGUGCGCGCCGAGGGGUGGCGAACCCCGUAGGACCCUCGGUAUAUGGUAGCGGUGACCUCCCGCCGCCUUUCCCCCCGCAUACCCCAUACUGAUGCCCCCCUCGCCGACGGCCUUCGCGCGCGCGGCAGUUCCUUGCAACCCCAGGUUGCGCGGCCCCCUCCACGACAUCCUCGUCAUCCCUGCCCGCGACGGCAACGGUGGAGCGGAUUGGUUCACCGCCUGGGUUCACGCAAGCACGGAUACACGCAGCUGCCAGUAGCUGUGCCUGCCACCUCUUGCUGUAGACUGAUCAGAGGCCAGUGUUCAGAAGAGUAGCGCCGCGAGCGCGGGUAAAUUCGUCGUUGCUGUCACCGUUGUCGUUAACGUUGUCGUCAUCGUCACGUCACGUUGCAUCGCGUCGCGUCGCGUCGCGCCGUGCUUUAACUUCAUCUCUUCACAUGAUUCCAACUACCCCUCACUUCCUUUAUCCUCGUCUUCCUAAUAUAAACGCAUUAAUAUAUACUUCCGGUAUCAACGUUCAUCGCAAGAGGUGAGUCUCUCGCACUCUCUCUCUUGUUUGUUCUAUCAGUCUCGUACUGUCCUUUUCCUCUUGGUCGCGUUCUCCACACGCGACGUUUCUUUCACCGAUUCUCGCGUGGUGCUCAACUUUUGCCGGCCGGCCGGCUUGAUCAACAUCGCCAUCUUGGGAACGCCUCGAUAACUAAGUGUGUAGCAUGAAGGUGACAUCUCACGAGGACGCUGGGUAGGCAGGCCGUUUUCGACGACGAUAAGAGGGAGACCGCGAAGGAUGCCGCAGUGCGCGGUGGCCACGUGCCGCAACAGCCAUCGUCGGACCCGCAAGCAGUCAGUGCGGUACCAUCGCUUUCCACACAAUCCCGAACUGCGUGAGCUAUGGGUGCGUGCAUGUGGUCGCGAACCCUUGACGAAUGGAGAACCACCAUUCAACAUCAAGACUGCACGAAUCUGCUCCCGACAUUUUCUAGAGGAGUUUUAUGAGGACGAAAGCAGGGAACAGAUCAUGCAAGGCAAUCAGAAGAGAAACCGACUGCGCUUGGGUGCGGUACCCACGAUAGACGUGCCGGUACUCGUGCAACCUUGUUUCAAAUUGCUUCACGAGACGGAGAAGAAGCGAUCCGCGGCACGUAUUAAAAUAAAUAUCAUGGCUGUUUCUGAUUUAUCGGAUACUCAACAAUCCGGCUGUAAAAGAGCCCAUGAAGAUGAAGAUGGUGACGAUAGUAGCGAUACUAAGACGAUUUUACCUAUUGCCAAAGAACGUACUGAACGGAAGAAUAAAAAAAAAUGUCUGAAAUUGGAUCAACAAGAAUGUUUCCUAUUAGCGGUUGGUCUUGUUCCUGUCGACAGUGUAUGUUUAAACAAGAUGCACGCAAUGGAGGGUGCGGCCGAGAGCAAACGUAAGGUGAACACCGCGGAAGAGGAUAAGACAUCGAGAUCGUCACCGUCGCCAAAGGUACCCCAAAGCCAGCAGAACGGUGCCGCCCUUCCGGAGGAGACAGCUGCGGCAGCAACGGCGUCGGUGGAUCGCGCGCGCGCCAAGAAGAAGGACGAGUCGCACUGCGAUACCGAGGCUCCGAAGAGCAGGCAGUUGCUCGCAAGCACGUCGCGACAGAGUGCGACGACUCCGAGUGAUGUCGUUGUGCAGCCACGUCACAUUAAAGCGGGGUCUGAGCCUGUGGAGAUCAGAAAACGGAAAUCCACUAAUGGACAGCUGACCUCACUAGGGAAUCCCAGAAAGAAAUUUCGCGACAACUACACACGCGAGGAGUACAUUUCGAGAAUUGUGGGCGAUAACAACGAAAGUAUUGAGGACCUUAUAGCAAAGGCCGAACAAUUGCGAGCUGAUAUAUUGGCUCUAGAAAACUUAGCACAUGCCAAAGAAAUGGAAUGGAACGAAAUUCUGAGGAAGAGAAAACUCAAGGAAGAGGCAUACCUGAGGCUAGAAAGAAAGAUACAAACGACAGCCUACAUGGAAAACGACGGUCAAUUGCCGGAGACUUUGCCGCCCGCUAGAUCGUCUCUGGGUUUGACCGAAUGGGAGAACAACGGUAACACCGUAUCAAAGGAGAGAGCCUUGGGAAUUAAGGAGGAUCCAAAUGAGAAAUCUUUGGACUUGUCGAGUUUAAAGAAAGAGAAAACUACGAGAGCUAGCUCGCAGCAACCCGCGACUCCUCCGAAGACCAAUGGCGAGAGCAGUCGUAAACAGAACGAGGCAUCAAGUCCGGAAAGUCGGCAGAUUGGAGAAGGCCGUCAAGGUGCGAUAGUGGAUGUUCGAGCUAUUAUCGCCGAUCAUAGGCUCAAGCAUCCAGAAACCGUACCAAGAAGAGGUCGAAGGAUGAGAAAUUCGAACGUAAACAUCAAUCUCGGUGCUGGUGGUGCCAUGGUCGAAACUGGGCAUAAUGCUGACUCUAGACCGUCUAGCACAGAAUCGUGCAAGAGCAACCCAAGCGCGAACGAUUCCAUGAACUACAAAGAAAUGCUAGUGCAAUUUGCUAAACUAAGUCAACAAGGUGGUGAAGCGGUCAAACCACAGAAUUAUCCAGAUGUAACGCUUCAUCCUGUGACUCCCACGUCUCAGAACACAUCUCAGCCGACUGGCUCACUACUCCAUGGAAUUCUAACAAAAGCACAAACGCCGAGAUCCACGACUUUUUCACCCACUUUAGCAAGAUUACUCACCGCGCCUGAAAGAGAAAGGAGUUCUCCGGCAGCUGCGGCGGCAGCAGCUGCGGCGUCAGCGUCUAUGUCGCAGCAAAAUGCUACAACCCAGCACCUUUUGCAGACAUACCAAGGCUCUAAUCUGGUUUCUAUAAAUGAUCUACUGUCUUCUUCUAAGGCACGCACAGAGAUAACUAUAACCCCCGUCGUUAACACUUCUGCGCAAUCUCACUCCAACGAUUUAAUUCAAGUGGAGGAUGUAGAGGAGGAAACAGCGGUAAUUGAAGAGAGGAAAGGGAAUUCUGUGGUCGGAAGAGAUAGUAAACAAGCGGUAAAGGACAGUCCACCUUCACCAAACGCUCCGCCAAAAUGUCAGGGAUGCAUAAUUCGACCUGCACAAUUCGUUUGCGCUGGAUGCGGAAAUCAGUGGUAUUGUAGUCGUUCAUGUCAGGUACAUGUCAUGUCAAGUGCACACUUGCUGCGUGGGCAACACACUCCGAUCAUUGUCCGCCAGAGCCCGAAAAUAGCAAAGGCAAGAGCAACGUUUAACGCCCGAGGUCCUUACACGCCCGGUGUAUACCAUGGCAUCAGGCGAGAGAUAUCAGCGUAAUUGAGUACGAAUCUAGUCAAGGAAAGAGCUACAAGGGUAUGAUUUAUAUUGAGCGACAGAUGAGAUGCGGAGAGAAUCAAAGAAGGAUUAAGCGUGUGUUGUGUCGUAUGGUUAAAGUAUCGGAAAGAUCCUUGUCAAAGAAAAUGGAUGAUAUUAUCCUAUUUACCACAAGCAUUUACUGAUCUCCCAUCUCAAAGGAGGUUCCACGCUACCACGUUCUGCUCAUAGACAUAGCAAAAAUAGACCAAAUGUGUCCAAUACUUCAAUAAUAAAGAUAGAAAAAAAAAAAAGAAAACAGUUACCGUAUCUCGUUCUCUGAUUUAAUGGUCUCUUCUCUCUUUUACAGCAACUGUCUUUCGUCUUUUUUUUAUGUAUCAUGUAUUUGGUAUAUUUUUUCUAUGUCUAUGGUUCUGCUUUUUGCAGAACGAAAUUCGUGAAAUUUCUUGCGCUUUGCUCGAGCUUUAGAUGAAAAAAAAAUUGUCUUCUUUCAAUGACGAAAAUUAACGAGAUAUUCGAUAUUCGAUGCCAUUGGUUGAACAAGCCUCGUGUGUUAUGUAUAAUUCUUUUUUUUUUAGACUUUACUACAUACACUAGUCGAAAGUUUUCGAGUGCUCGAAAAACGAGCAGAAAAAGAAAUAAGUAAUUUCCAAGGUGUUUUGUGGAAGUGGAGCAUAAUACUAAAUAAUGCGCGAUGCUGUAUAUAAUUUUAUACAAUUUACCAGAGUUCAACGACGGAUUUUAGAAUGUCGAUUAAUCGCGUGCCAUGCGUAAGAUCGGGGGCGGAUUGGAGCCAUUAGCUGAAAGCUUUCGAGGUGUUUUUUUUUUGUUUUCAUCUACAAAAGAUUUUGUAAAAAAUAAAAAAUUUUUAAUUUAAACAGUAAAAUAUUUGUCAUAAUAAAAAGAGUAAUCUUGUUAUAAUAACAUGUUUACUCCGUUAUUAUAGCAAAUUUAAAAGAAAAUUAACUUGCCAUUUAAUAUGACAAGUUUUAUAGUACUGUCUGUAAUAGAUUAAUCAAUUUCAAGUUAUAUAUCUAUAUAGCUAGAUAUUUUUCGCUUACUCAAUCCGCCCCUAUAUGUAAGAUUCAUUUUCCAUAAUUGACCUUAACACGGACGCUCAAGUUAGAGAAAUAACUUGAGAAUUUUUUUAUGCAUUAUUUUCUCUUUCAUUUUACAUUUUAGGCAUAAGAAAUCACUGGACAGAGCAUUUAGUUAGAAAACCAUUAUUAAUAAGUACUACUUAUUAAUUAUUAAAUACCUCUCUCUCUAGUACAUAUUUCCAUAUUUCGCGUGUAUUUUUCUUUUAUGUAUAUAUACAUAUGUAUAUAAAUCCUUUUAUCUUAUUAUACAUAAGUGUCCCAAAAUUUGCUACUCUAAAUACUAUAGCAAAAAAAUUCUAUAGCAAAAAAGAAAAUAAUUACGUAAAAUAAUUAUUUGACAAGUAUUUAUUUCAAAUAGUCACUUGAGCGGUAAUAGUGAGGCAAGACAAUUAUCUAAAUGUAAUCUCUGAUUGACUAACUUUUAGCCAUUAUAUCUCAAAAUUUAAUGUUUGAAAUAAUUUACAAAUAAUUAUUUUAUUUAAUUUUUCGAAAACUUUCUUACUAUAGUAUUUUGAGUCGCAAAUUUCAGAGCACCAAAUAUACACGAAUGUAAUGUAUUAAAAAAAUACAUUGUAAUAACAUCAAUUCGAUAAGUUGAGUAUGAAAAUAUAAGAUAUUUUAAACAUAAUUUUAUUCAGAUGACUGAUAAUGUGACUAAAAGCUUCGUUUUAUCGCAUUAUAUGGGAUAUCACAAAAGUGAAACGCCCGACAUAUUAUUCUUUCUUUCACGCUCUUUUUUGCUGCGUGUAAUUUCAGAAAUAUCCUGUCAAUUUUUCCAGAAAUUUACUUUAAACUCUGUCCAGUUAUUUUCUUAUCCUUCGUGAUUUACACGAUUUUCGCGCAAAAAAAAAACGCAGACGUGUGAGCUCGAUUCAGGCCUGCGUGUAAUGAGAUGCAUGUAUCGCACAUGCAACAAUUUAUAUUUGUUACCAAUGCGUAUGUACAUUUAAAUUUGAUAAAAAAACGUUAGUGUUAGUAUAGCUGUAAGAUGUUUUUUUUAUUUCGUUGGUGACAUAUUCGCAUGUUUUACAUUUUUUUAAAUUAAUAUGUUACCCCAGACGAUGAUUGUCCCUGACAUAAUCUGUAGCCCAAAGUUCCUACAGGUACAUACACAUAUAAAUAUAUAUAUAUAUUAUAUAUAUGUAUAAAUAUAUAUUUUUCCCAAUUACAAAGCAAACCAAAAUAAAGUUUUUAAUCGUAUUCUCUGCAUA